AUGGAGGCUCUUCAUCGUCAGGUUUUACCAUUCCUAUUGAGGCACCUGAAAGAGGAUGUAUUGCAAGGUCUUCCACCUAAGAUCAUCCAAGAUUACUACUGUGAACCGAGUCCGCUACAGGUUCAGUUAUAUAAAGAAUUCGCCAAGUCUCAGGGCAAGAAAGGUUUGGAGGAAACAGUUUCUCACAUCGAUGAAGAAAACAAAAACGAGAAACCAACCAAAGAUAAUCCUCACGUUUUCCAGGCUCUUCAGUACCUGCGCAAGCUAUGCAACCACCCGCUUUUGGUUCUCACUGCCAAUCAUCCAGAAUACACCAAAGUUAUGGACCAAUUACAUCAACAACAUGUCUCCAUCCGGGACAUUCAGCAUGCCGCCAAACUUGUUGCUCUCAAGCAGCUACUGAUGGAUUGUGGGAUAGGAGUUGGCUCCUCAUCCCCAGGCUCCAGUGAUCUGUCUUCUGACCCGGUUGUGUCCCAACACUGGGUGUUGUUGUUUUAUGAUGAUGGAAGUACGCCUGCAGGCUCGCGUUACUCGCUCGUGCAAAGAUUUAACAACGAUCCAUCAAUCGACAUUCUAUUGUUGACGACACAUGUUGAGGGACUGGGAUUGAAUUUGACUGGUGCCGACACGGUCAUCUUCGUGGAGCACGACUGGAAUCCAACGAAGGACCUACAAGCCAUGGACCGAGCUCGUCGUAUUGGACAGAAGAAGGUUGUAAACGUGUACAGGUUAAUUACACGGGGAACACUCGAGGAAAAGAUUAUGGGACUCCAGAAGUGUCAACUGAACAUCGCCAACACAGUGAUCUCGCAAGACAGCUCAAGCCUAUUGACCAUGGAUACUGGACAACUCCUGGAUCUCUUUCCAGUUGACCAAGAAAAGAAGAGAGAAAAACCAAGCGCACAACAGUCAAAUGCACCUGGGAAGACUUCGCUCAAAACUAUGAUUGAAAAUUUGGGAGAGCUAUGGGACGAGGAACAGUAUGAAACAGAAUACAAUUUAGACAACUUCAUUGGUUCGCUGAAGUGAAAAAUAGUUUGCGUCAUUUUUGGGAUAGAUGAUUUUCAGUUUAACAACCUUGCCUUAUGUCUGUGUUAGCAGAGGCGAAGUUGUCCUGGUCAUUGAAGUUUACCUUAAGCAGCUAUAAAGAUCCAGAAAGGAGAACCGAGGUUAAUCGUAAGGUUAAACAUCCCCUCGGGUCGUUGCCCCGCAUUUUCCGAAAGGAAGUUUCUUCAACAGCUUAUGAAGUGACAAAGAAAACAAAUAAGCAAACAGACUAAAAAAGCAAAUUUUGAUUUGACAUUCUCAAAUUGAAAAUGUAAACAUUUUGUAAGUAAUAGGCUGGAUUUCAUAAAGUUAGCUCGCGCUAGCAUAUUAGUAAAAUAACAAGAACACAGAGUAAUUUGAACGCAGCUAGUGUAUAUUCGGGCAUUGGACGUCGGGCUCCAGGAAAGACAAUGUCCUUUGUUUGUGAUUUAGUUCAAAUUCCCUCUUACGAAACGAAACAUUUUUGGUGAUGUCAAU